AUGCGUAAGUGUAAAGUUUUCGUUGGAUCAUCACACCCAGAAUUAGGUAAACUAGUUUGUGAUCGAUUGGGAGUGGAACCAGCUCCAUGUACAUUGAAAAAAUUUUCCAAUGGGGAAACUUCGGUUCAAAUUGGAGUGUCAAUCAGAGACGAAGAUGUUUACAUUAUUCAAUCGGGAUCGCCGCAGAUUAACGAUCAUAUAAUGGAAUUAUUGAUUCUUAUUUCGGCUUGUCGUGGGGGUUCAGCGUCGAAGAUUACGGCGGUGAUUCCCCAAUUCCCAUACUCGAAGCAAUCGAAGAUGAAGAAGCACAGGGGUGCUAUUACAGCCAGGAUGUUGGCUAAUUUAUUGAUAAUGGCCGGUGCUGACCAUGUCGUGUCGAUGGACUUGCAUGCUUCCCAAAUGCAAGGGUUUUUUACUAAACCGGUUGACAAUUUGUUUGGUGCACCAACGUUAGCCAGAUGGAUUCGUCAUAAUAUUUCCGACUGGGAAAAUGCCGUUGUUGUUUCCAAAAAUCCAGGUGGUACUAAAAGAGUUACAGCUUUAGCAGAUUCUUUGAAAAUCAAUUUUGCUAUGAUCCAUACCGAUCGUCGUCGUACCAAGGAUGGGUAUGUUUCCAAGAACAAAAAGGCGUUGAAGACAUCAAAAACAGUUCGUGCCAAUAGCCAAGGUGUUGAUGAAGAUGAUGAGGAAGAUAACAUAGUUUCAGAAAUGCAAACGGCUAGAAUAGUUCAAGGCCAUGUUGUUGAUGAUGACUAUCCAGUCCCACAAACCCCAGUUACCAAUGGUAUCGCUAUUGACAACUUUGAAAGAACUUCUAUAAUUGAUAGUGAUGCUUUAGGAGGUUCCUAUGAUGCUACUAACAGUGAUGACGAUGAUGAACCUACAUCUAUAAAUCAAGAGAAGUUAAUCACUUUGGUUGGUGAUGUGAAUAAUAAAGUGGCAAUUAUACUAGAUGAUAUGAUUGAUAAACCAAACUCUUUCAUUGCUGCUGCUGAGCACUUGAGAUUAAACUGUGGUGCCAAAGCGGUUUAUGUUCUUGGAACCCAUGGUGUCUUCAGUGAUAAAUGUUUAGAAACAUUAAAUGAUUCAGACUGCAUUGACAGAAUAGUGGUCACUAACACCUACCCAAUUGGAAACGAAAGAAUCCAGAAAAAUGAAAAAUUAUCUGUCAUUGAUGUAUCUCCUAUUUUUGCUGAAUGCAUCAGAAGAGAUCACUUCGGUGAAUCAAUAUCAGUUUUGUUUGACUCAUUAGCUGCUAUUGAAUGA